CUCGCGAGACCUUAGCUUCACCAGGGCAAAAUGCUGGACAACAUGCUUGAUGCCGCUAUUCUAAAAGCAUUACCACCAGGCUGUGAAGUCGUUGAUGUCAGUCAGCAUGGCACGGCAAGCUGGUCCACAGGAUACAAAGUCGCCGUUGAAGUCGACGGAGAAGAAAAAGAGUAUUUCCUGAAAGUUGGUUAUCGAGCCCGUCAUGCCGACAUGGCCCUUGGCGAGUACGAGAGCCAGAAGUCACUGGCAAAGUAUCUCCCCGACAACGCUGCAGUCCCAUUAGCAUUUGGCACCCUGGAAUCGGAUCCAAGCAAGUCAUUCUACAUAACCUCAUACCGUGACCUGAAGGAUAAGACUGCCGAUCCGACCCAGCUGGCAGAGGUGCUCACAAAGCUACACAGCUCCUCCGUCUCACCCACCGGUAAAUUCGGCUUCCACGUAAUGACGUUCAACGGCCAUGCGCCAGUGGUCAAUGACUGGUGCGAUACCUGGGAGGAGUGGUACAGUCGGCAACUACGGUCGGAUAUCCGGUGGGAGCAAAGUAUACGCGGACCAGAUGCUGACUUCGAUCGCGUCGCGGAAGAAUUCUUCCAGAAGGUCAUCCCGCGUCUGCUACGGCCGCUUCAAACCGGCGGGAGAAAUAUAAAGCCAGUCCUUGUUCAUGGCGAUAUCUGGCAUGGCAAUGCUCAGAUUGACAUGGAAACGAAUCAGGUCAUCCUGUUCGACUCGUGCUGUUGCUACGCCCACAAUGAAUUGGAAUUGCACAUGAUGAGAGAGCCCCGGUAUCGUUUUACCGGAGAACACAUUAAAAAGUACAGGCAGAUGAUCCCUCCCUCGGAGCCGGCGGAGGAUUUUGAUGAUCGAAACGCUCUCUAUGCCAUGCGCGAUAACAUCAUUAAUGCGGGACUUCAUCAGCAUCGAGCAUCCCUCCGUCAAGCAGUGAAGAAGGAGAUGGAACGCCUUCUCGCCAAGCAUCCAGACGGCAUUGAGGGUUUCCAAGAACCCUCCAUUAACUCCGGAAAUCCGGUCUGAUUCCGGAACGCACCAUCAUCGGCUGGGCGCAUUGCGACCUCUGGUUGAGCAUGGAAUAUCAUUGCCGCGUUAGUGAGAUAGCGACGGAGUCUAGAUGCCGUCAGUUCCACGCAU